UGUGUGUGUGUGUGUGUGUGUUUCUGCCGCGAGGCGACUACGACCAGGCCAGCAAGAUGGGCGUCGGAGCGGCCAACGGGGACUACUUCCCGGCGGAGAGGCUGGCCAACCACCCCCAGGACACCUGCCGGUCCUCACGCAAGGACGGCUUGGGGCAGCACAGCACCCUGGCUCAGGUGCCUAACCGGGGGCAGGUCAUGGGGGAUGACUGGAUGGGGCGGGUCCAGCGGCAGGUGGGAGUGUUGGAGAGGGCUGAGUGGAAGGGGAUGAGCCACUUCGCGAAGCUGCGCGGGGUAAGCGCAGCACCACGGAUGGGCGGUGCACAGCCACCUUCACUCGUGUGUGUCUGCUGUGGCCAUCCCUUUGCAGGUGUAUCAUUAUCGGGAGUGGUCGUUUUGCGAGUUCGAAGAUAUGGACAGCUACAGCACGCUCCACGGGCGCCUCUUCGCACGAAAGGCGCCCAUGAGCGAACACGAAGCCCACCAUUGGACAAGGCAGCUAGUGGAGACGCAGCAGGAGCUCAAGAAACUCCGCGUCUAUGUCGGGUAUGCCCUCAGAUACACACACGACAUGGUCCAACGCACUGAGUGAUGUCACCUGUGCGGCUUUGUAGUUCAUGGGACCUGAAGGACUACUUAGUCGACGGCAGCGGCACCGUCAAGAUCGCCGAUAUGAAUGGGGGCCGACACUUCCAUCCGUACAGUCAGGUCCGACCCCCCACCCCCCAACAGACAUCACAGCGACACACACGAUAUCUCUUGGUGUGUGCAGGAUGGUUCAGUAAUGUACUGCCGAGAUGUCUGUGGCGAGCAGCACAGCACACCGCCUGAGGUCUGUCGCGCCCACACAGACAGACAGACAGACGAGAAGGCACUUACAUGUGUGUGUGUGUGGUUUUUUUUGCCGCUGCUGAUGUCCAGAUUGCCGCCAGGCACGCCACCUUUGACCCCGACAAAGCCGCCGUAUGGAUAAUAGGGUGGUUACUCGACAACUUCGACACACACACAUACAGACAGACGCCAUAUUCUCUCGCGCUGGGUGCGGCAGGUGUGUGCUGCAGAACAUCCUGUUCCACCCCUAUAGCCAGGGCACCCACAACUGCCGGCUGAUCACCAACGAGGCCGCCGACUUCAUCCAGACAGCCACAGCCACCGGCCCCCAAGAGCGACCGACACUGAAUGAGUUGCUGCGCCAUUCCUGGUGCGCUGGGAAGGACACACCCGCCACGCUGGUCGGCUGAUUGACAUUGUCCCUUUAUGUGUGUGUGUCUCGGAUUGAUCAGGGUCCUGUUUCCACCGCCCGGCGCCGUCGCUUCUACGCUACCACCACUGUGCACGGGGAGGGCAAGGCUUCGAGCGUGCGACGGGUGGGUGACGUAUAGGACCGAGACGGUCGAACAGCAGCUCACGCCGGCUUCGAGAUCGAUGGAUUGCCAACAAUGAAUGAUGAGGUUAGUCCGGCAAGCAGAGCUAAGUUUCGCUUCUUCAUGCAGUCCUUGAUGUGUCUCUUCUGUGUCUGCAGCACUUUCUCAUCGCUGGCUACAUUUUGUAUCUUCUCGAAGGGGAUCAACAUAUUCACUCGCGCGCUGCAAUGGUAUGUGGCAUCAUCCCAGGGAGAGACGUAGGGCGGCGAUGGGCGAUACAUCCCGGACUUCGACGUCCUCUCGGUGCCCCAAUACGAUCUGCAGGAUGGCCCGCACUUACUUCGACUGGGACGGCCACCAUCAGGACACACAUGAGGGCAGCCGACUGUCGAGGAACGGGCUCGGGCGGCGCAGCACGCUGCUGUGCGUGGACACGGCCAACGAGGAGCCUGGCAACGCCAUGCAGGGGGUGCAGCUCAAGACUGCAGCGGGUACAGAAGGAGGGACGAGAGCACUUCGCCCGCAUCCAGGUGAUAAGCCAAAUGUGGUCAUCGCCCCUGGUGGGGGGGAGGGGGCGAGGCGUUCAGACAUACAUGUAUUUCUCUUGUCUGUAAUAUGUAGGCGUAUCAUCAUCGAAAAUACACAUUCCUCGAGUACGGAGACCUCCGGGGGUGGACUACCCUGCAGAACCAGCUCACCAGCUCGACGAAGGAGGGGCGGUCAUGACUGAGAAGGCGGCGAGCGGGUGGGCAAGGGAGCUUCUGGAGAGGCACAGGGAGCUGAAGCAGAUGGGCCAAUACUUCGGGUACACACACAUAGACACACAAGAGGAUUGA